CUUCUGCCAUUUCUUUGUUGCAGGCUAUUAUUUGUGAAGAAUUUCCUCGACGUCAGCAGCGUAUUCAACCGCAAAACUCAAUAUAUACUCGGUUGCAGAGGCAAUACAACACAGUAUUUUGCACAAAAUUUGUUAGUUUUUCCCUGCGCGGAUGCAAGCAGCAGCAUACAGAAAUAUUAGCAGCCGCAAGUGAACUCAGCGUGUCGAGGUCAAUAAAUGAAACAAAUGAAAAAAAGUAAAUUACUGCGCUUAAUGAUUAACCACUGCUGAUAACACCAGUCGAAAGCCAACGGGCCAAGCGAGCGAAACGUUUGGUUUUUCAACUUUUUUCUCGCUGCUUUUUUGGCCCUUUUUUAUUGCGCUCGGACAGGCAAGCAAUCGACUAACCCAAUCGAGCAUUAAAAAAUAAAAAUAAAAUUGUAAAAAAAAAACAAUAGCGUAGUAAAAUAUCGAUGAAGUGCGGUAAACAAAGUGAUUAAUGUGCAUUUUUUGUAACAAUAAAUAAAUAAAAAUAUUCGCAUUAUUCAAAAGUUGAAGCAAAUGCAAAAACGCUGUUAAUUUGUAAAAUUUCUUAAGUAAACAGCCAACUCAGCAGAACUUAAAUGCAAGCAGGCACACACACACAAGCACACGCGCAUACAGUUACAUGCAAUGCAAAUGAGCUUAAGUAAACGAUAAACGACACCACCAAUUAAUUAAUUCAUUAACUAAUUAACUUAUUUUUUGUUUUAAUGUUAUUCUAAUCAGCCAGCGAUACAAACUUCCACACGUAGCGGAAUAUAAAGCAAGUCAAGAAGAAAAAAAAAUUAUUUAGUAAAAAAAUUAAAUUAAAUAAAAAACAAAUUCUAGGUAUUUACAUUAAACAGCAGCAGACAGAUCAUUGAAGAAGAGGAAGAAAAUAAAUUAAAGAAAAAAAUAAAAUAACCAGCAUCAUUGAAGAGUUCAUUAAAAUACAAGAAAUCAAGUAAAAGCGGUAGCCGAAGCAGAUAUCAAGCAAUUGUCGACUCGACAAAAAAACAAAAAACAAAAAACGGAAAUCUCAACCACACGCGCUACUCGCAAAUCAAAUCGUUGGUCGCUAUCAUACACCGUGUACCCCUUCCACAGCUACUACAUUUAGUACACCAGUGUAAGUGUUCUAUGUAAGUGUAAGUGUUGUCGAAGUGAAAUCUAUAACGUAUUGAGAAAAAUAAUACCUAUAUAAAAUAGAAAAAAAAGGUGAAAAAUAAGCUAGCAACAUUACAACCGCAAGCACACCGCAGCAGCAACAAGGAAACCAAUAACCACUAAAAUAACAACAGCAGCAGCAGCAAAAAUAGCUUCAAUUACGACGGCAACAACACCAACACCAGCAGCAGCAGCAGCAGCAACAGCCGCAGCAAAUAUGGAAGACAAUAACACAAGUACGCCAAUGAAGACCGACGAAUCAGUCACAUUAACAAUCAGGCUGAUAAUGCAAGGCAAGGAAGUCGGCAGCAUUAUUGGCAAAAAAGGCGAGAUUGUGAACAGAUUUCGUGAGGAGUCUGGCGCAAAAAUCAACAUCUCGGACGGUUCAUGCCCGGAGCGCAUUGUCACUGUAUCUGGUACGACCAGCGCGAUCUUCUCGGCUUUCACGCUCAUCACAAAGAAGUUUGAAGAGGUAAUGUAGUUGUGUUUAUAGAUUUCAACGUA